GGGGCCGAACGGAGCUGUGGGGCGGCGGAAGCGGGUGCGGCCGCCGCGCGCCAGUGUGUUCCUUCCUCCUCGCGCCUCCCAGCGCUCCGCCAGCAGAUGCGGCUGGGGCAGCGCGACACCAGCGCCAGUGAUGGCAAGCACCUGGGCAACAUGAGAGACUGGACAGCACACUACACUGGAGAACUUAUCAACAGGAGGAUUAAUCCCCAAAGAGAUUGAAGAGAGUUCCAGGAUGGCCAAAGAGGAGUCCCCGAGUACCUUAAAGGACUUGCAGGAGCUGCAGAGGAAGCUGUCUUUGCUGCUAGAGUCUUUCCAGAAUAACUCAAAGGUAGUUGCCUUCACGAAGUCUCCAGUGGGUCAGUAUCUGGACAGGCAUCCCUUUCUGGCCCUCACCGUGCUGGUGUUCAUUGCUGUGUCAGCCGUCCCUGUUGGGAUCUUCCUGCUCCUCGUGGUGUUCACCUCCUUGGCUGCCCUUGUGGGGGUCAUAUUACUGGAAGGACUGGUCAUCUCUGUGGGUGGCCUCUCACUGCUUUGUGUCCUCUGUGGCUUGGGCUUUGUAUCAGUCGCAAUGUCGGCGACAAUCAUGGCAUCCUACAUGGUGAUAUCCAGCCUCAUCAGCUUCUGGUUUUCUCCCAGGCUGCUGACACAGCAGAACCCCAGCCCCGACUGUCAGCUGGCUAUGAAGGCCGCAGACUUCGAGGGACUCUACCAGGAAUGACCGGCCGAUCGGAACCACGGGCUUCUCCAGCAUCUCGAGAAAGCUGUUAGGUCACACUUGCCCCUUGGGAUUAUGGCUCAGGAGGGGCUGGACAUUCAGGCACCCAUAGAUGUGUCCUCUGGCCUUUCCACUCACUGUGUGUAAAAUCCUGGGGUGGACAGUGUGGCCUCUCCCUACCCCACACUCCAUGUGUGCAGAUUUGACCUUGGCAGGGAUCUGGGCUCUGGCCACUUGACCCCAGAGCCUCACAGUUUAUGUCCAGAGUCCCAACUGGGGGUAAUAGUGAAUUAUUUUUGAGGGUAUUUGUUUUUCUUUUUGAAACAAGGGAAGCUGUUUUUCACUCAUUUGAAACAAAAGGAGAAAAAAAAAAAUCCAAAAAAGAACCAGCUCUUCUGCCUUAUUUGCUUUUUAUCACAAAGAACAAUGACAUUUGGGAAUA